CCUCGUCCUCCACCUCCAUUAAAGCUUCUGCCUUUCUAGUUGCAGAAUCUCAUUCCCUCACUAUCUCUGUCCCUCUCUGACUAAUAUAUCUACAAGUACAAAUAUGCUCACCCUGAAUCUCAACACCACUGUCCCUUUCUCCAAAUCCACCCAUCACUUUUCCAACAACACAAGACUCCACACCUCAUCAUCUGCUCUGCUCCACAUCCCCACCAAACCUUCAAUCUUCACUAGAAUCCAUGUCCCCCCAUACCCAUUUGGCUUCUCUUCAAAACCCACUUUUCAGAUCCACUGUUUGAACCCAAAGCUCCCAUCUUUGUUCUCCUCCAAACCCAGAUCCCAAACCUCCAAACCCAAAGCUGCUUCCUCUGAUGCAUCAGAACCCAACCCCACAGUUCCAAAGCCUAAGGCCACAACUCGCCAGCUUGCCCUCAUUUUCGGGCUGUGGUACUUCCAGAACAUUGUCUUCAACAUCUUCAACAAGAAGGCACUCAAUGUUUUCCCAUUCCCAUGGCUUCUGGCUUCGUUUCAGCUCUUUGCUGGGUCUGUCUGGAUGUUGAUUCUCUGGUCCCUCAAGCUCCAGCCGUGCCCGAAAAUCUCGAAACCCUUCAUUAUUGCUCUCCUUGGCCCUGCAUUGUUCCACACCAUAGGCCACAUUUCGGCCUGCGUCUCAUUCUCUAAGGUGGCUGUGUCCUUCACCCAUGUCAUCAAGUCCUCGGAGCCUGUCUUCUCGGUGGUGUUUUCGUCUUUCCUAGGGGAUACUUACCCUGUGCAGGUCUGGCUUUCGAUUCUCCCUAUUGUUAUGGGUUGUUCUUUAGCUGCUGUUACUGAGGUGUCAUUCAAUUUGCAAGGCCUGUGGGGCGCUUUGAUUAGCAAUGUGGGGUUUGUGUUGAGGAACAUUUACUCGAAACGGAGCUUGCAGAGCUUUAAGGAAGUGGAUGGGUUGAAUUUGUAUGGUUGGAUCAGUAUAAUUUCGCUCUUUUAUCUGUUUCCUGUGGCGGUUUUCGUUGAAGGGCCGCAAUGGGUUCAAGGGUAUCAUAGAGCUAUUGCAUCUGUUGGGAAACCAUCCACAUUUUACUUAUGGGUGUUGUUGUCUGGAGUGUUUUACCAUCUGUAUAACCAGUCAAGUUAUCAGGCUCUUGAUGAGAUUAGCCCUUUGACAUUCUCAGUUGGGAAUACAAUGAAGAGGGUGGUGGUGAUUGUGUCAACUGUGUUGGUUUUCAGAAAUCCAGUUAGACCUCUUAAUGCACUUGGUUCUGCUGUGGCGAUAUUUGGGACUUUCUUGUAUUCUCAGGCAACAGCUAAGAAGAAAAAGGAAGCUGAAAAGAAGGAUUAGAAAUAGGCCUCAGUUUGUUUGUUGUAGGUGCUAGUGUUUGACCUAGUCAAAUUUGUGAACUUGCUCUGGUUUAUUCAUCAGUUACCAAGUUUUGAUAUU